CGUAAAAAAAGUCUGAAAUAUACAAAAACAAAGCGCAUAGAUUUUCAUUCCAGUCAUGAAACGUUUUGAUGGUUUUGUAUUUAUAAUUUUGUUUGUUUUUUUUAUUCAAGAAAAACGAUAAAUGAAUACUUUUUAUCAAAUUGAGAAUUUUGAUAACCUCUAUACCGUUUGGCCUUAGACCAGGUUUUAUCAGUAGCUUAUUGCUAUAUAUUUCAAUAUUAGGAGGGAAAAUCUACAGGCUUUACGGAAACGGAAACAUACUAAAUCUGUAACCCAGACCCGUGUUUGCUUUAAUGAAAGCAAUAAAUGAUUAUAACAACAAUUUUAAUUCGAUUAGACUCAUAACACGGAUGUCAAAAUUGAUAUCGACAGCAUUAUGUUAAGUUAAGAGUUGAAUAGUUCAAAUUGAAUUGACAUAACUGUUGCUUAAUCUUAAAUGGGCUUAAUGGAGGAAUAACUUUGCUGAAAUGGCAUUAUACUGAAUUUCAGACAUUAAAACAAUGUUUUUGCUCAAGCGGAUUCGUGUUUUUCUUCAGUGCAUGUUUGUUAUUCAAUUAGUACAAAUAAUUCAAAUACAUUCAGAAGACAUUCCCCUUGCUUGUCCGAGUGUUACUUCGUUAUACAUUAGAAAUAGGUGUUACUGGGUGUUGAAUGAAACACUUAUUUUUGAGGACUCGCAUGCAGUCUGUCGCCAGAAUGGAGGGGGGCUAGCAGAAAUUCCCGAUCGGUCAGUAGAGGAUCUAGUUAUCAAAAAGUUUGGAGAAAGCUGGCGACGGAUUGGAGUUUAUAGGACUAAGAAUAAUAACACAUUGAUAAAUAUGCUGAAUAAGACCCAAGAAUACACUCAUUGGGAGGUCGGGCAGCCAAGUACUUAUGUCUAUGAGGACAGUGUUGUACUCACGAAGCAAGGUUGGCGACUUAUACCGAAAAACUUUGUGGCAAAAGCAGUCUGUUCUAAAAAAGUAUGUACGUGCCCCUGUGAAAGAACCAGAGACCAAGUCGUGGUCAACAAUUCUGUGUUGCAAGCAAAGAUUAAAGCCAUGAAACAGGAUCUUAGCGUCAAAACAAGAAAACUAUCCAGAACGUUACGUAAAAAGACUUCCGCCACCGACGCCCGAAUUUCCUCCGUUUUAAUCGGAUCAUCCUCCGGUUUGAUAUUGUUCACAGCCAUUCUGAGUCUGGCGAUUCUUUUUGAUAUGUGUCAGAAAAACUGGCGCUGUGUCAACUGUGCAUUACACUAAUUUUAGAUAUGAAUAUAAGAGCGGUUUUGGUUUGAUAGAUCUUGUGCUGUUUCAAUAGAAAUGAAUUUCUUUUCAUCAUUUUAUAUGAAAAUUAAAAUUCCUUUCAUUUGAGUCAUUCUUAGUCUUUAUAUUUUAAAAUUAUUCAAAAUUUGUAAGCUGAAUCAGGGAUUUUAAAACACCUUUUAAAGGGGCAUACGCAUCUUUAGGAACAGUUUUUUGAACCCACACAAAAUCUCUUUUUCUGUUUUCUUGCAUUCAUUUAAUAGUUGCACUAUAUAUAUCUGGUACAUGUAUAUAAUAAAAUGCUACACUGUUGAUACAAAAUAGAGCUGUGGAGUUGAAUAUCUUUUUAUGUAAUAUUUAAUUAUUGUUAUGUACUCCUGUUAAAAUCAAUUACAAUUCUUUUUAAUGUUUUCAUUUCAAUUUUAUAUCUUAAUAAACUCUCUCUCUCUCUCUCAAACUCUCUCUCUCUCUCUCUCUCUCUCUAUCUCUCUCUCUCUCUCUCUGUUUGUGAGUAAUUGUAAGUUGUUAAUUAUGCAUAAGUCGUUUUAAAAAAAAUGUGAGGAAAACAAUUUAUUGUUUUUCAAAAUAAUUAGUUUAAAGCAUUUAUCAACA